GAACCCUGCAGCUUACCCUCUACUUCCGCGGGGUCCUGGCGUGUGGCGGUGGUCGAGUUGGGUCCCAGGACUAGUAGCGAGCUGUUUUGUGCCUGUGCUCAACAUGCAAGGUGUGAGCUCUCAGCAUCCUCAUCCAGCCAUGCCUGCUGUGUUGACAUGUUUUCCUACCUUGAUGGACUCUUACUCCUUUGGAAGCAUAAGCCAACAACCCCUUCCUUCAACUUUAUGAUGCAUUACAGCAGUAUCCAGAGUCUGAAAGUGUCUAUGUGUCUGGAUCCCAGAAUUUGCUGAGAGAUGGAGGAGCCUCAGAAAAAUGACCUGAGCAUGAGAGAGCAGGACGAAGAUCAUCCUAUCAGAAGCAGUGGCCCGCAGAUUUCUGUGAGUGAGUUCUCCUGCCACUGCUGUUACGACACCCUGGUUAACCCCACCACCUUGAACUGUGGCCACAGCUUCUGCCGGCACUGCCUAGCCUUAUGGUGGAUGUCUUCAAAGAAGACAGAGUGUCCAGAAUGCAGAGAAAAAUGGGAAGGUUUUCCCAAAGUCAACAUUCUCCUCAGGGAUGCCAUUGAAAAGUUAUUUCCUGAUGCCAUUAAAAUGCGAGUUGAAGACAUUCAGCAGAAUAAUGAUGCAGUCCAAAGUCUUGCAGCCUUUCAGAAAUUCGGGAAUGAUCAGAGUCCCUUAGCGCCCAGCACAGGGCGAGUAAAUCCGCAGAGAGGAGGGGGAUUCUUCUCCGGCGUGCUCACAGCUUUAACUGGGGUAGCAGUCAUCCUGCUUGUGUAUCAUUGGCGCAGCAGAGAAUCUGAGCAUGGCCUCCUGGUGCACAAGGCUGUAGACAAAUGGACAACGGAAGAAGUUGUCCUCUGGUUAGAGCAGCUAGGACCUUGGGCUUCCCUGUACAGAGACAGGUUCUUAUCUGAAAGAGUAAAUGGAAGGUUGCUUUUAACUUUGACAGAAGAAGAAUUUUCCAGAGCACCUUACACCAUAGAAAACAGUAGCCACAGAAGAGUCAUCCUUAUGGAGCUGGAGCGUGUGAGAGCCCUGGGUGUGAAGCCACCACAGAAUCUCUGGGAAUACAAGGCUGUCAACCCAGGCAGAUCCCUGUUCUUGCUCUAUGCUCUCAAGAGCUCACCAAGACUUGGCUUGCUAUACCUGUACCUGUUUGACUACACAGACUCCUUCCUACCCUUCAUCCAUACCAUCUGCCCUCUGCAGGAAGACAGCUCUGGCAAGGACAUCUUCACCAAGCUUCUGGAGCUGAGGGAGCCCACGUGGAAGCAGUGGAGAGAGUUCCUCGUCAAAUACUCCUUCCUCCCAUACCAGCUGAUUGCGGAGUUCGCCUGGGACUGGCUGGAGGUCCACUACUGGACAUCACGCUUCCUGAUUGUCAAUGCCAUGCUGCUGUCUGUUCUGGAGUUGUUCUCUUUUUGGAGGAUCUGGUCAAGAAGCGAGCUGAAGACAGUGCCCCAGAGGAUGUGGAGCCACUUUUGGAAAGUAUCGACACAAGGGCUUUUCAUGGCCAUGUUCUGGCCGCUUAUUCCUCAGUUUGUCUGCAACUGUUUAUUUUACUGGGCUCUGUACUUCAACCCAAUUAUUAACAUUGAUCUGGUGGUCAAGGAAGUCCGACGGCUGGAAACCCAAGUUUUAUGAUUGGCAGCAAGGCCCCAAAAGCCCAUGAAUCUACCUGACAUCUAAGCUGUGACAUUCAAAGAGACAAGGGACUCAUUUCUACUCCUGGUAAUACAAGGUGCUGCUUCGGUGUGUCAAGGCUUCAACCAGGACCCUCGUCCUCUGACUCUGGCACCAUGCCAGCUGACUGCUACCCAGGUCAGAUUGGACUCUAUGGUCAACACCCAACCAGUCUUCUUACAGGGACUUGAGAGGCUCAGGCUACUAUGACCAACAGAAGUGAAAGUCUUGGACAUAAUUUGGGGUGACAUGCUGUCAAAAGGGCAAUAUAGGCUGGGUGUGGUAUUACACACCUUGAAUCUGAGCACUAGGAAAACAGAGAAAAGUGGAUUUCUGAGUUCAAGACCAGAGUGUCUACAGAGUGAGUUCUACAACAGCCAGGGCUACAUAGAGAAACCCUGUCUCUUAAAAAAAAAUGAAAUUAAAACAAAACAAAAAGAAGAAAAGAUAAAAAGGAAAGUCAUUAGGGUCAGUAGCCUUAACCUCACUGACUGACAGGCUCCUAAACCAGGCUUGUUGGGGCCAGUUCUGUCCCAUGAGUCAAGUUUAGGGAAACAAGAGUAGGUUUUUUUCAUAGUCAUAGAUAGUUAGACAUACAAAAUAAAAAUAAAGACCUAGAAUCCAGUCAUGGUUUCUUACUGAAUUGUUAGUAGGUUUCAGAAUAAACCCAGAGAAAACUUGAGGCUAAGAGACUGAUGUAUAGCUGUGUUGUUUGCUGUUGUGAUCAUUGGAAGCUGAGUUCUCCUUUCUGUGAGCAGGGAGCUGAAUGGAAUGCCCAUCAGGCUGAGUCUCCACAGGUGACUGAGCACUGCUUGCUGUUUUGUUUUGAAUAAUUUAAUCUGUACAAUAAAUGCGAUAUAGACUGUUCAAGGAGCAUUUUGUAAGCUGCCCUCAUACUGCAUAAUGGACAAUCGUUAUUGUUCUGUUCUUUAAUAUAAAAGCAAGCAUAAUUAUGCCAAGUCCUGCCAUCAUAAAUAUGGAGUAAGGUGAAGGGUGACCUUUAUGUCAGUGUAGAUAUAGUGUACACAGCAGAUGUAGAGAGUGUGAGCUCAUCAGCUUUGGCCUGGUUGAAACAGGCUUGCAUCCAAAGUGUGUGGGGGGGCGGAGAAUGUAAGGGUGUGAGAGAGACAGGGACAGAGGGAGAGAGACAGAGAGACUUGGUAAUUCAUUAACUCUUUGUAUCUCACAGUAAGAUUUCACUUAAACUUUACAUUGAAAGUUUGGAAAAUUACUUGAAAUAAAAAUUAAAGAUUUUUAUACAAAUACAA